GGAAGUAUCUCAACUCAUCUCAAAAUAAAAAGGGGGUAUCCACAAAUCCCUCACCGUUGUUCUUCUCCAAAGCUCCAGCGGACCAGUCCCCCGUGGAUCCUCAUCCAUCUGCAAGUCCCAUAUCGCCAUUGGUACCCCGUGGAUCCAUCUCCAGGUGCCAUAUCCGUCAUUGACGGAAGUGGGACGGGAGAGGUCGCGUACGGCAGCGGACAGCUCGACGGCCAGGCGCCGGCAGGCGAGGGCAGAUGGCGGAACGACGGAGUCCGGCAGUCCGGUGGUGGGGGGCGAUUUCCUGGUGCUCAGACACACCUGUGCCGGUGCAGUUUCCUUCUCAGUGAGGCUGUAUCUCUCUCAGCACAAUAAUAUUGCAUGGAGGGGACGAGUGAUCGCUACGGUGGCCACAAUGGCAGCGAGAUCCUGCCGCCCAAGCAAGCUGUGGUGGUCAAGGCGCCGCAGCCGGCGGUGCUGCACAAGGUUAUGGCUCAGCCGGCGCAGAGCUCGGCGAGCAAGAUGAAAGGGAAGGUGAAGGAGACCUUUUUCCCUGACGACCCAUUCCGGAGCUUCAAGGGGCAGCCGCUGCGGAAGAAGUGGCUGAUGGCGGUCAAGUACCUGUUCCCCAUCGUGGAGUGGCUUCCCGGCUACUCGUUGUCCCUCUUCAGGUCCGAUCUCAUCGCCGGCCUCACCAUUGCCAGCGUCGCCAUUCCUCAGGGUAUUAGCUACGCGAAGUUGGCAGACCUGCCUCCGAUCAUAGGCCUAUUUUCGAGCUUCGUGCCGCCGCUCGUGUACACGAUGCUGGGGAGUUCCCGUGACCUGGCGGUUGGCCCGACGUCGAUCACGUCGCUCAUCAUGGGGGCCAUGCUGCAAAAGGGGGUGCCGGUGAGCCCCUCCGAGGAGCCGACGCUAUUCCUGCAGCUCGCCUUAACCUCCACCUUGUUCGCCGGCCUCUUGCAAGCCUCCCUCGGCAUCCUCAGGUUGGGUUUCAUCAUCGACUUCUUGUCGAAGGCGACGCUGCUGGGGUUCAUGGCGGGUGCGGCGAUCAUCGUGUCGCUGCAGCAGCUCAAGGAGCUGCUGGGUAUCAUCCACUUCACUGACAAGAUGGACAUUGUCCCCGUCAUGGCCUCCGUCUUCCAGCACACCGACGAGUGGUCGUGGCAGACGAUGCUGAUGGGGGCGUGCUUCCUCGUGCUCCUGCUGUCAGCCAGACAUGUGAGCAUGAGAUGGCCAGAGUUCUUCUGGAUUUCGGCAUGUGCUCCCUUGGUAUCUAUCAUCAUAUCCACGGUGCUCAUUUUCCUCUUCAAAGGAGAGAACCACAACAUAAGCAUAAUUGGGCCGCUCAAAUGUGGCCUGAAUCACCCCUCAUGGGACAAACUACUCUUUGAUCCAAAAUAUCUAGGACUCACCAUGAAGACUGGCCUCGUCAUCGGUAUCAUCUCCCUUACAGAAGGAGUAGCUGUUGGCAGGACAUUUGCUUCAAUCAAGGACUACAAGGUGGAUGGUAACAAAGAGAUGAUGGCCAUUGGGUUGAUGAACAUUGUGGGCUCAUGUACAUCAUGCUAUGUUACAACAGGAGGAUUUUCUCGUUCUGCUGUGAAUCAUAAUGCCGGCUGCAAGACCGCCAUGUCCAAUGUGAUCAUGGCGCUGACAGUCAUGGUCACACUGUUGUUUCUCAUGCCAUUGUUUGUCUACACCCCGAAUGUUGUCCUUGGAGCCAUCAUAAUUGUUGCUGUCAUUGGCCUGCUCGAUUUUUCUGCUGCAUACCACAUCUGGAAGAUGGAUAAGAUAGAUUUCCUCGUGUGUUUCUGCGCAUUUGCUGGUGUCAUCUUCCUCUCAGUCCAACAAGGCCUCGCGAUAGCGGUUGGUAUAUCUGUAUUUAGGGUACUGAUGCAAGUCACAAGGCCAAGGAUGAUAAUUCAAGGGAACAUAAAGGGAACGGAUAUUUACCGAAACAUCCAUCAGUAUGAGGAGGCUCAGAGAGUUCCUGGGUUCUUGAUACUAACAGUUGAGGCUCCUAUAAACUUCGCAAACAGCAACUAUCUGAAUGAAAGGACUAAAAGAUGGAUAGAGGAUGAAAGUUUUUCAGCGAAUAAACAAACCGAACUCCGUUUCGUAAUCUUUGAUCUAUCAGCUGUCCCUGCAAUUGAUACAAGUGGGAUAGCGUUCCUCAUUGACCUAAAGAAACCAACAGAGAGACUUGGCCUAGAGCUUGUACUUGUGAAUCCAACUGGAGAGGUCAUGGAGAAAAUACAGCGAGCGAACGACACACACAACCAUUUCAGGGCAGAUUGUCUCUAUUUGACCAUCGGGGAAGCAAUUGCCUCACUUUCUGGAGAGGCCAGUAUGGCAACACCAUAGAGUGGUUUGCCGACUUAUUAUUUUGAUCAUCUGAUUGCACUGCUGAACUUUCAUAGCCUUCUCAUCCACGAAAGUGCCUGCAACAAAGCCCCUUAGAACUUGGUUUACUGCUAUAUUCCUUUCCUUUCCAAUCUAUGAUGGAAAUAGGUAUGUGAAUGGAAUUUAGGUACAAGGUAACUUACAUUUGGACUCGAAAUUGUAUUGUGUUUAUAGGAUAUAGAGUUGUGUCCUAGGUCUCUCAUAUAAUACGGGGCAAGACACACAAUAAUCAAUACCAACAUAAUCGCACAAGCGCGCAGGGGGAGCUGGCGGUAUGUGCCGGUGCCCAGGCGUCCGGGCUGUGGUAUUGUGACGGUGUCACGGGAAGAGCGCCCGUAGUAAGGCCCCGGGCAUGUAGCCGAGUUCAGUGAGACCUCGCUAAC